AUGAGCGUGAAGGUAGGUAGAUGGGAUAUUAUGUAUUCUCAUUUGAAUAAAAAGGAAUACAAAUAAAUGUAAAUUUUAUUUAAGCAUUAAGAGGAAUAAAAAUGUAUAUAUAGUGGUGGUGGAUCAUAUAAUUAAGAAGGAAAUUAGAAAAAGAUUGGAAAGUGGAUAGAAUUGGAUGAAGGAUUUUAUUAUAAUUAUUAUAAUUAAAUCACAUAUAAUGGUGAAUAUAAUAUGAAUGGUAAGAAAGUAGGUAAAUGGGAUAUUCUGUAUAUUAUGUAUGAUAGAUGGGGAAUUGGACAAUAUAAAUAAAUGCAAAUACUAAAUAAGUUAAAAGGGCGAAAAUAGAUUUAGAUAUAGUGUUGGUGGAUUUUAUGA